UGUCCAAUCACUCACUUCAUGAUCUUGCUUGCACUGGAUACACAUUCCAACUUGUGAAGAGACCCUAGUAUAGAUAUCAACACCUUUUGUAGCUCUAUAAAAGGAAGCGCGCCUCCCCUUUGUGCUAUCAAACCAUCCAAGUCUCCAUAUAUUCCCAGAAGAUCAACUAUAGAGCAACUCAAAGGCUCUUGGGCAUUUCAAAGUCAAUUUCCUCCAAUCCACUCAAGGCAAGCUAGCGUGCAGAGAUUAAUUUCCACACAAACAUUGUACAUUACAAGGCAGAUCAUCAAUGGACCGCGUGAUGAAGCUAGCGUCGGAGCGGGCUGUGGUGGUUUUUACCCUGAGCUCCUGCUGCAUGUGCCACACUGUGUCGCGCCUCUUCUGCGACCUUGGGGUGAAUGCUCUAGUGCAUGAGCUAGAUCAGGACCCUAAAGGCAAGGAGAUGGAGAAAGCGCUCCUCAAGCUCCUCGGGAGAGGUCCAUCUGUCCCGGCAGUGUUCAUUGGUGGGAAGCUGGUCGGUGGGACGAACAAGGUCAUGUCUCUGCAUCUUGGCGGCGAGCUGGUCCCUAUGCUGAGAAAUGCAGGUGCCCUCUGGCUGUAGACCCAUGGACCGGAACACCGGUUUAUAGAGACCCUACUCUGAGGUCUCUUCAAAAAUAAAUUGAGGUGGAAGAAUGUGGCGAUUUCAAUUUUCCUAGAACAUCAUAUAUAAUGGCCUAGUUUGCGUUGAGCAGGUUUUUUCAAUCCUGUUUUGACAAUGACAAGGUUUUAUCUAGCUCACUAGUAGUGAGCAGUGGGGUGCAUGGUUUAUGCAUGGCUUCCUCUUGUGUAAUCCCUUUUUUAUGUUUAAUUUCUGUUGUAGCUCCCGGCGAUGUGUGCAUGUCUCAUUUUCCCACGAGCUAGUUAAUAAAUAUAUGUCCUCAUGUCUACUAUCAA